UCAGUCUCCUAUUAAAGACCUUCUGAUCUCUCCCUUCUCCAUAACAUUCACAACAAUGUCGAAAAUCGUCAGAGUACUCUUCAUGGUGGUCGUUUCCAUCGCCAUAACCAUCGUCCUCAUCACUAUUGCCUCUGUCGGUGACAACCACAAAACCUCACUUCCCAGCAAAUCACUGCACCUGAAACCGUUUCCGAAAAGGGUAAGUCGUUUCCUAGCUGAAAACAACCCUAGAGCUGCAGACCACUGCAAGAAAGAUGAUGAGAUUUGCUACAUCUUAGAAGGCAAAAACUCGACUUGCUGCAACAACAAGUGUAUGGACAUGAGCGAGGACAAACACAACUGUGGAGCAUGCAAGAAUAAGUGCAAGUUUACCAGCUCGUGUUGCGGAGGAGAGUGCGUGAAUUUGGCUUAUGACAAGCGGCAUUGUGGGUCGUGUGGUAACAAGUGCAUGCCGGGUGGUUAUUGCAUAUAUGGACUCUGCAAUUACGCCUAAUAAAAACAUCAUUAUGUCAUUUUGAUCGAUAUUUAAUUACAUGUUGUCAUCAUUUAUAUAUUCUGUAACAAACAACUUCUAGCCCAGAGUUAUCUCUAACUCUCGUGUCUGGUGUCCUCUUCUAUCCUUAAAAUUGAGGAUUCAGGUAUAGAUUUGCCUUUAAAAAACAUAUUAUUGUGUAAAUAUGUUUUUUUUUGUGUGUAUAUGUGAAAACAUUAGAUCAACUUGU